AAAUAAAGGAGACGAAGAAGGCGUGUUUGAAGCAGUGAUUCGAUUCGAGUAGAACAUGAGACGGGUGGCGGAUUAUGCAUAUGUUGGGAGUAAGUAAUUGAUGAUGUGUAAAAUAUUAAAGAGAGAGAUACUAACAGUGCGUAGUGUAGAAAUUACGCGUGACCCACCUGGAGUCGGAGUCGGAGUCUUGUUCCCUUUUUAUUGAGAGGAUCCCCUCCCUCGUGUCGACACGAUCGUCCAAAAUAGGGAAGAGGGAGGGGGUUCUUCUUCUCCUCGAUCCGGUUGAGGACUUUGAGGUAGAGAGAGGCAGAGGCGACGAGGAAGGAUCUGAUCUAUCGAUGGCGCGCGUUUCGCAUUCCAGAAAGCGGACUAGGGCUCCCUCCAACUCCAACUCCAAGCCCACUUCACAAACCCAACCGCCGCCGCCGGAGCUCACCGACCGCCCUGUCCGCGUCUACGCCGACGGCAUCUUCGAUCUCUUCCACUUCGGCCAUGCCCGCGCCCUCGAGCAGGCCAAGUUGCUGUUCCCCAACACGUACCUGCUAGUGGGCUGCUGCAACGACGAGCUCACCAACCGCUACAAGGGCAAGACCGUCAUGACCCAGGAUGAGCGAUACGAGUCCCUUCGCCACUGCAAAUGGGUUGAUGAGGUCAUUCCUGAUGCUCCAUGGGUCCUCACGCAAGAGUUCAUUGACAAACAUCAGAUUGACUAUGUUGCUCAUGAUGCACUGCCUUAUGCCGAUACUAGUGGAGCUGCUAAUGAUGUCUAUGAAUUUGUUAAAAAGAUUGGCAAAUUCAAGGAAACGAAACGGACAGACGGUGUAUCCACAUCAGACCUCAUAAUGAGGAUAUUGAAGGACUACAAUCAGUAUGUCAUGAGGAAUUUAGCACGUGGAUACACAAGGAAAGAUUUAGGCGUAAGCUAUGUUAAGGAAAAGCAACUCCAGGUCAACAUGAAGAUAAAUAAACUGCGAGAGACUGUAAAGGCGCAUCAAGAAAAGUUGCAAACGGUGGCGAAGACAGCUGGAAUAAAUCAUGAAGAAUGGUUGGCCAAUGCAGAUCGCUGGGUUGCUGGUUUCUUGGAGAAGUUUGAGGAACACUGCCACAACAUGGAAACUGCCAUCAAGGGGCGUAUCCAGGAGAAAUUGAGGAGGCAAACAAGCAGAGGGAUAAUUGGGGGUCUAAUGCAGCAACCGGUGGCAGCGUAAUAAGUUGUAGAGGAGAGAUGACGUUGAGUUGGAGUAAGCUGCCCUGGGGUCACCACGGACGAGAAAUGUAGUGAAGAUGCCUUCUUGGUUGGCGGUUAUAGUGUGAGUGUGUGCUUGUGUCAUGGAAUGUGAUGCUUGUACGAGUUGUUACAGCUUAAUUACAUGGGAGAGGCUUUGUUUCUUGUUUAUUUUUUUGCGGGGGGUGGGGGUGUUGGUUUCCUUGUAUACAAAUGUCUAUAGCAGAGGCGUUUGGUGCAUAAUCCAGAGUGUGUAGUAGGUGUUGGACAGAUGAAGUUGAGUGGUACUGUAGUGUUGUUGUUCUCUUCCCUUGGGUUUUGUCUGUAACGUCGAGAGGGAGAGAUGUUGACGCUGGCUGAAAGCACAACACAAGCAGAGUGAUAUUAUACUACUACUAGUAAUUUACUUAUUA